AGAGAGAGAGAGAGAGAGAGAGAGAGCGAGAGCAGGGGCCUGAGGAGGAGAGCUGGACAACGGGAGAGAAGCCACACGGAGCACAUGGGCUCGUGUUUUCUCACGGAAUUUCCCCCAGCUCCUGACGAUAGCUGCCAGUUUCAGCAGGGACGCGGCGCAUCUCUGUAGCUAGCAGGUCACACUCGGCCGUAAAUUUGUUGUUUAUGUUUUGGCCUUUGUGGUUUUUGGGGGGUGGGGGUGGGUGUGGGGUGUGUUUUCCCACGUAACGUUAUCUAUGCGUUACUCCAGUCAGGUUAGUGUUUGAGAUAAACAGCGAGGGGUCAUUAAUGUCUCUGAGGAUGGCGGCUAGCUAACCUGUGUCUAGCAGACCGGGUUGGGUUGAAGCGCUGAAUUUCCAUUAAGGUGCCGAACCUGUAAAACUGCCGUUAACGCUAGGCUGCUAGCUAGCCUUAGUGAUUUAGAGCGCCACAGAGUUGUGAGCUCCUACUUUUGAUUACCUAACCAUUGCCUAGUGAAUACAGCCACUAAAAUGAGAGGGGUAGAGCACAUAUAGCUGUUGUUAUUAAAGAUGACGACGGUUUGGACUGUUGUAAAGAAGGCGGUGCUCGCGUCAAUGAAGUAACUGCUCCAGUUCAGUGGCUAAUUCAGUGAGCCUCAUUCAGCGGCUCGACACCAUCGCCUGGGCUUUGUGUGAAACGUUACUUAGCUAGCUAGUUAGCUGUAGUCUGGCUGUGGUAUAGGCUAUCCGUGCUCUGAGGACCGUGUUAGAGCGAAACGCUGCAGUUCAUGUUUCGACAAGAAGUCAGUGUGCUGUCCUUCAUUCCGUCUUGUUCGUACCUUUUCCAAUACGAGAAGAGGAACAUGUCUCGAUAUAACAUAUACAGCCUGCUGGACUGGGUGUACGGCGGAGUGGACCCCAAGUUCGAGGGCAACGGAGGCCCCGAGUGCGCCGCCUUCAUCACUCCGCAGCAGCGGUUGUGCGAAAGCCUCAUCAUCGUGGUCCUGUCCGUCGUGGAGGUGGUCGCGGCGCUCAGGAAAAUCAACAUCGCCAAGCAGCACAGAGAAGCGGUGAAGGACGGGCGGAACAAUAAAGAGGACAGUUUGGGGAAGAACCUGUUGCUCGUGGCUUUGUGCAUGACUUUUGGUGUGGAGGUCGGAUUCAAGUUUGCUACCAAGACGGUUAUAUAUCUUCUGAACCCUUGCCAUGUCGUCACCAUGGUGCAGAUCUUUCUGCUGGCCUGUCCGCCUGGUAAAACAGCCAUGGUCAUCUUUAGGCUUCAGGUCCAUAUGCUGAAUGGUGCACUAUUAGCCCUUCUUUUCCCAGUUGUCAACACAAGACUACUUCCCUUCGAGAAGGAAAUCUACUACAUCCAGCACUCCAUGCUUUACCUGGUGCCAAUCUACCUCUUCAGAAAAGGAGGUGUGUACAAACCAGAGCCACUGAGUGACAUGUGGUGGGCGGUGUUAUCCACAGGCAUCCUCUUCCUCUACCAUUUUGUGUUCCUGCAGGGGCUGGGAAUGGUGACUGAGGUGAACCUGAACAACAUGCUGUGUCCGGCUGUCUCAGAUCCCUUCUAUGGCCCCUGGUACCGAGUGUGGGCAACCGGUCACCAGACCCUGUUGACGCUGGUGCACGGCAAAGCGCUGACCAUCCUCUCUCACCACACAGCGCCUGCCCUGCGCCACCUACUGGACGCAGCACGCCUUCGCACCAAGAAGGUGGACUGAAGCUCAACGUGGGUCCACGCCACCACUGGCGUUCACACAAGCACGAAACUUCACACACUCCCGCACUCGGCGACCAUCGUGCCGUCAUUCUGAACUCCAAACUCAUCUGUUAUCGUAUUGACAAGUGGUCAGUAAUUGUGUGGCUCCUGUGUCUUGAGCGGGAGUAAACAGGUCAGUGUUUUUAUUGGAAUAUUGAAAAGAAUCAGUCUUUAUACUGAGAUCAGUAACCAUGCAAAACUUGCCUUGUUUCUGGGGGAGGUUGUUUUUUUUUUUUUUUUUUUUUUUUUAAAUGGAGGUUCUGGUAUCUUUACAAACCGACACGUUCUUUUCUCAGUUGCCUUAUUUGGUUUAUGUUCUUUUAACAGGGGCCAACCCAGUGUUUUUGAUGUUUUCGUGGUUAGUCAGAUCACUCAAAUCGUCUCUCCCCCCUAAACCGAAUGGUCGUUCCUACAGUUUCAUCUACGCUGUAUUUUGUCAAAGCCUGUUCAUCAUGUCUCAAUCAGAAACGUUGCCAUGUUGAAAACGUUCUAUUUGAAGACAGUUAAUGCAUAUUAACUUGGUUAACAUGUUGUAGAAAGCAUCUAUGUGACGAUAUUGUGUUUGUAUCGGAGAUGUGUGGUGCUUUCAAGCCUUCUACUGUCCACUUCUGUGACUUUUUUUCUUUUGCAUGUAAAUAAUCAGCUUUCGGAAUGACUGAGCCGAUCACCUCACUGUUACACCCCAUUGAUAAGACACAAAUUUACUGUAAAGGUAAUUCUGUUGUUGAUGGCUUAAAUGUUGUCUAUCAGUGGUGAUAUAAGGGAAGAGAUGGGAUUCACUGUAGUGGACAUUGCUGUGAACCACUUUUAAGGGAAAGUAGUCCCCCCUCCCAUCCCCCACUUAUAGGGAAUUAUUUUACUUAAAUAAUGGCUUGUGUUCUUGCCUCCUUGGGGUAUUUUUCAGCCACAACUUAAUACUAAAAUUAUGUUGUCAUAAUGAACGUAGCCGAUCAUUUUCUUUUCUCAUCUUAAAACACCCUACUGUAACUGCAUAGUACACAAGUAUCGAAGGAAACGUAACUGGGGUCACAUGACCACACCCUGAACUUUUUUUUUAAACUGUGAAAUGUAUCUAACUUUGAAAGCCAAGAACUGAUCUACUUCAUCAGUUAUCAUUUUUCAAGGGGUCAAGUCUUUAAGUUAACAAGCAAGGGAAAGAAGACACAAACACUAAGAAUAGUUUUGUCUGAAUAGAACUAUGUAGGUUAUCAUGAAUUUACCCCAUCACUCCAGUUUCAAUGCUUACUAACUUUUCAGUUUGGCACACUCCUGUCAAGCAUUCACACAAAACUCUGAUAAAACAGUCCCAGUUGGUUACGGAUGUUUGAGUGCUGUAUCUCAAAGGGUACUGAUGGAAUCCAGAUGGUUUUUGCCUCCAAGGGACAUACCUUUGUGGAUAUUUAGACGCUUCUGACUGAAAGGGAAUUUUGUGAAGUUGUCUUUGUACAUAUUUUUCGUGAAGUAUGCAUUGUACCGUGUCAAAAAAAUAAAAGUUCUUCCCCAGCUUG